CACGUGAGCGGCAGUAUGGCGGCCCAUCGCUCCGGCCCGCUUAAACAGCAGAAUAAACCGCAUAAAGGCGGGCGGCACCGGGGUCGGGGAUCUGCGCAGCGGGACGGCAAAGGCCGUCUAGCGCUGAAAACCCUAAGCAAGAAGGUGAAAAAAGAGCUCAGCAGAGUAGAUCAGAGGCAUCGCGCCAGCCAGCUCCGAAAACAGAAGAAGGAGGCGGUUCUGGCAGAGAAGAGACAGCUGGGCAGCAAGGAUGGCUCACCUCAUCAGGUACUGGUGGUGCCCCUGCACAACAGGAUUUCUCUGACAGAGGCCUUUCGGCUGCUUCAGGAUAGCGAGUCUGGAACAGUACACCUGAAUAAAUGGGGAAGCACCCAUGGCUUUAUGCUGUUAUGCCCCCGCUUGAAACAUCGGUGGUUUUUCACAUCUGCAAGGCCAGGGGAUCUGCACACUGUGUUAGACAUGGCUAAAGUAGCUGAUACCAUCCUGUUCCUCCUUGAUCCACUGGAAGGCUGGGACAGCACUGGGGAUUACUGUCUUUCCUGCCUCUUUGCUCAAGGCCUUCCCACCUAUACACUUGCUGUCCAGGGGGUUUCUGGCCUCCCACCGAAGAAACAAAUAGAUGCUAGAAAGAAGUUAAGUAAAGCAGUGGAGAAGCGCUUUCCUGAUGACAAACUCCUCCUGUUAGACACUCAACAGGAGGCAGGAAUGCUGCUCAGGCAGUUGGCUAACCAAAAGCAACGGCAUCUUGCCUUUCGAGAUCGGCGGGCCUACCUGCUUGCUCAUGCUGCUGACUUUGUGCCUGGUGAAGAGAAUAACUUGGUGGGCACCUUGAAAAUCUCAGGCUAUGUUCGUGGGCAGACUCUGAAUGUAAAUAGUUUGCUGCAUAUCGUUGGACAUGGUGAUUUCCAGAUGAAACAGAUAGAUGCCCCUAUGGACCCUUUCCCUUUAAAUCCUAGAGUGAUCAAAUCUCAGAAGGACCCAGGCAUGGCAAUGGAGAUUUGUGCUAUGGAUGCUGUAGCUGAUAUGGAGGAAGACCUUAAGGUCCUAAUGAAGGCAGACCCUGAUAGACAAGAAUCUUUGCAAACAGAGGUUAUCCCAGAUCCAAUGGAAGGGGAACAGACCUGGCCCACUGAGGAGGAGCUGAAUGAGGCAAAUGACUUCUUGAAGAAAAGUUCCAAGGUGGUAAAGAAGGUUCCCAAAGGAACGUCCAGUUACCAAGCUGAAUGGAUUUUGGAUGAGGAUGGUGAAAGUGGUGGAGAAGGAGAUGAAUAUGAUGAUAUAGAACAUGAGGAUUUUAUGGAAGAGGAAUCUCAGGAUGAGAGUAGUGAAAAGGAAGAAGAGGAGGAAUAUGAAACUAUGACUAUAGGAGAAUCUGUGCGUGAUGAUCUGUAUGAUGAGAAAGUGGAUGAAGAGGCAGAGGAAAAAAUGUUGGAGAAAUAUAAACAAGAAAGAAUGGAAGAGAUGUUUCCAGAUGAAGUAGAUACCCCCCGUGACGUGGCUGCUAGAAUUCGAUUUCAGAAAUACAGAGGCCUCAAGAGCUUCCGGACAUCUCCAUGGGAUCCUAAGGAAAACCUUCCUCAAGACUAUGCUCGAAUCUUUCAGUUUCAGAACUUUACUAGUACUAGGAGACGCAUCUUGAAAGAGAUUGAGGAAAAAGAGCUUGAAGGAGCUGAGGUUGGCUGGUAUGUCACACUUCAUGUUUCUGAAGUACCUGUCUCAGUAGUUGAGUACGUCAAACGGGGAGCACCCUUGAUUGCAUUUUCUUUACUACCUCAUGAACAGAAGAUGUCAGUGCUGAAUAUGGUGGUUAGCCGGCACCCUGGCAACACUGAACCUGUGAAAGCUAAAGAGGAGCUGAUCUUCCACUGUGGGUUCAGGCGCUUCCGAGCCUCACCUUUGUUCUCUCAGCACACUGCAGCGGAUAAACAUAAAUUUCAGAGAUUCCUGACUGCUGAUGUGGCCCUGGUGGUGACAGUAUAUGCCCCAAUUACUUUUCCUCCUGCAUCUGUGCUGCUUUUCAAACAGAAUAGCAAUGGAAUGCACAGUCUUAUCGCCACAGGCCAUCUAUUGUCAGUGGAUCCGGACAGAAUGGUCAUCAAGAGAGUUGUUCUGAGUGGUCAUCCUUUCAAAAUUUUUACUAAGAUGGCAGUAGUACGCUACAUGUUCUUCAAUAGAGAGGAUGUGCUGUGGUUUAAACCAGUGGAACUGAGGACAAAGUGGGGGCGCAGGGGACACAUCAAGGAGCCUUUAGGUACUCAUGGCCACAUGAAGUGCAGUUUUGAUGGGAAGCUAAAAUCUCAGGAUACAGUACUGAUGAACCUCUAUAAACGAGUUUUCCCCAAAUGGACUUAUGAUCCAUAUGUACCAGAACCAGUACCUUGGGUGAAAAGUGAGAUUUCUUCAGCAGUGCCUGAAGCGGACAUGGAGUAAUGGGUUCACUGGGAUUCUGUCUUAUCGCUACUAGUUAGCACUCUAGGGAUGGAAGCCUACAGGUUGUGAAUGGGCAAAGUUUGUGUUUUCUAUUUGAGCCUAGAGGGCUGCUGCUCUUUUUUGCUGAAGGCUUUUCUUGGCCUUGACAAGGUGUCUUCAGUUAAGUAUGAAUGUUUUUCUAUUGCUGCUUAAUCCAAAAAAUUAUUAAAUCUUACUGAAAUAUCCAC